AUGUUGCAGUUGGCUGACCCGCUUGUCAACAUCGACGCAACGCGUCUGUACAGCCGCCAACUUGUGGUUGGCAGGUCAGCGCUUUCUCUGGCGCCAACCUCUCAGGCCGCGGACACUGUCCCACGUGACACCUAUAAAAAUGGCGAUGGCAGGAUUCCUGCAGAAGUCAGUCUGAGCAUGCUCGGGAAGUCUUGCCCACACUUGUUCUGGCUUCAUUGCCCACAGGAAGCGAAACAGACGUCACUUCCUGUUUCUGACCUCUGCUACCAGCGAGCUGCUGCAGAGCCAGGUUUUGCCGAGAUGCUGCAGUGUCUCCGUGGGAAGACUCUCCCCCUAACCGUGCAGUUAUUGAAGGAGAUCUCCCCGGUAUGCAGACGAUGUUUCUUCUCUCCAGUGGCGGUCAGACUCUACCACAGGCCUCCAACCUCCAGGCCGGUCCCCAUGUUGACUCUCACAUCCUUCAAUCUCAGCGGGAAGCUCGGCCUUCACACAUCCAGCCAGCGGCAGAGGAGGAACAGGGAGGUCAGGGAAAGCGUUCUCAUCACCACCGCGCAGCGUCACUGGCAGGAGAUGAAGAAGACCCCAAAACCGGCGUUCUUUCUGGGGGUCGCCGGGGCCGUGCCCUUCGUGGCCCCGCCCCUCGCCAUGUGCUUCAUGCACGUCUACUACCCGGGACUGGCCACAGCACAGGUCCUCUACGGGGCAUGCAUCCUCUCCUUCCUCGGGGGGGUUCGCUGGGGUUACACCCUGCCGGACGACGGCCCCCACCGGCCCAACUGGGUUAACCUGGUGACCGGCGCCGUGAUCCCGUACAUGGCGUUCAUGAGCCUGCUGCUGAUGGAUAGUAUACACACGUCCGUGAUGGGGCUGGGGAUGGGAUUCGGCAUCGCUAUGGCGGUGGACGUUCUGGGGGCGAAGGAUCUGGACUUGGCCCCUGUAGGGCCCCUCUGGUAUAAGUGGCUGAGAAGUCUGCUGACAGUCAUUGUUCUGGCCUCCUUAUUGGCCACGCUGGGAUGUGCGAGCCGCUAUCCCGAAAUUCCGACGGACAACCAAAUGGCACCGAAAAAACUGGAGAUGAAUCGGGAAUCAUUGUUCCGCCCUUAG